AUGGGGAAGAAGCGAAAACACAGUGAGACGGAGGUUGUAGCCAAUGUAACGAAAUAUGAAAGUGCUCCAGAGAGACCUAAGCGUACAAUUCUGGGGUGGAAAGAUAAGACUGAAGAGAAAAAAGAAGGUAAUGAUUCUAAUACGUGCUUUAGAAGUAACGACAAGGUUUUGGUCACUUGUUCGCGCCGCAUUAACUUCAGGUAUCGGCACAUGAUGUUGAACUUGGUUUCACUUUUGCCUCAUUGUAAGAAAGAAAACAAAGUCGAGUCCAAGCAAAGUAAAGGAUCGACCCUUAAUGAACUGGUUGAGCUAAAAAGUUGUUCAUCUUGUUUGUUUUUUGAGUUCUUCAUGGGAUCACAGCACAUGUACCUUUUUUUCCUCAUUUCAGUGCCGGACCUAUGGAUGGCUAAGUGCCCCAAUGGUCCAUCUGUGAAAUUCUUAGUUAAUGCUGUGCAUACUAUGGAAGAAUUGAAACUUACUGGAAAUCAUCUGCAAGGCACCCGACCUAUUUUGACUUUCUCAACUAAUUUUGACAAAGACCCCCACUGGAAACUAUUGAAAGAGAUGAUCAUGCAGAUAUUUGGAACACCCAAGGAUCAAAGGAAAUCUAAACCUUAUCAUGACCAUGUGUUUGUUUUCUCAAUUGUUGAUAGCAACAUAUGGUUCCGGAAUUACCAGAUAUCUUGUCCUCAGACUGGAGCCAGUAAAGUAGACCGAGGAGACCUGGAUAAGAUGACCCUUGUUGAGGUUGGUUCAAGAUUUUGUUUGAACCCAAUCAAGAUCUUUGGUGGCAGCUUUGGUGGCCCAACACUAUAUGAGAAUCCAUUUUACGUCUCACCAAACCAGAUUCAUGCAUUAGAGAAUCGACAGAAAGCGGGCAAGUAUGCAAAGAGAGUCAAAGCCAAGACAAGGAGAAAGAUGCAUGAGCUAUCAAAUCCCGUGGAGCCUGAUGAAUUAGAAGAGAUAUGGAAGGAAUGA